AUGGCAACAUCAAGUGUUAAGGAGGACAAAUAUCGACCCUACUUGCGUGAAGACAGUGAGAAGAACAUAAAAUGGAGAUUCGGUACCCCUCCAAAUUAUGACGCUGUGAACAAGCUAUUUGAAGAUGGGAGAACCAAGGAAUGGCCUGUGGGUUCACUUGAAGAGCAGGUUCAGACCCUAGUCAAGAAUUGGGAGAUGGAAAUGUUCCACAAGGUCGAUAUGGACGAUUACAGAUCAGUGGACCCAAAGAAAUACACUUUCAGCCUAAACGGAAGAAAGGGUAUUAGUUUGGAAGAGAAAAGGAAGCUUGGUGGAGGGUAUAUCCCACUGCUACAAACCUCUCUGCAGAGAAACUGA